AAUCUUUCUGUGAGUCCAGAUAUUUUGCAAUAUGCAUUUCUAUGUUAUAUUGAUUUAAUUACCUGAAAUUAUAAAUUAUGAAUUGAAGUCAUACUAUUCAACCCCUACAUAGACAUAUCAAAGUGUGUACAGAUGAUUCGUUUAUAAUUAAUCUAAUUUAUAGUUGAUUUUUUAUUCAUUUUUACCUUUGUACUUAUUGGAGUAAUAAGGUUAUUAAAUGAAAACUUAUAUAUCCCAUUUACUUAUUACGAUUAUGAACGAAAAUUAAUUUUUACACUUAAAAAACUAGUAAUCACAAUGCCGAGAUUAUGGUGGACUUUUCCUAAGGUUGCGAAAAUUUUAGGAUUGAAUUUCAAAGAUCGAUGGCUUAGAUUAAGAAUAACUUUGAAAUCAUUAUUUCAUAAUGAUUUCGUCGACUGGACCUAUAUUUGUGAUACAUUAAUGGAGCCAAUUUUUUGGUUUGUUGAAAACUUUACUGCAGUAUUAGGACCAAUUUUAGUCAUCAUGGUAGUAGCAUUAACUGCAAUAUUAGUAUUUAUAGCUUAUUACAUUGGAUUUCCUUACUGGUGGGAAAAAAGUCCGAUAACAACAAUAGUUUUACUGAUAGUAGGCAAUUGGUUGUUAAUUAAUGUAAUCUUCCAUUAUUAUAUGGGAGUAAAAACACCUGCGGGAUAUCCACCUCAAGGUGGCCUUAUUCCUGAGGCUGUGAGUAUUUGCAAGAAAUGUAUUAAACCAAAGCCGCCGAGAACUCAUCAUUGUUCCAUAUGUGAUAAAUGCGUACUGAAAAUGGAUCAUCAUUGUCCUUGGUUAAAUAAUUGUGUUGGACAUUACAAUCAUCGUCACUUCUUUCAGUAUAUGGCUUUUACUGUGAUGGGUGUGACAUUUAUUAUGAUUUUUGGAGUGGAAAUUGCAUAUCAAGAAUUUUUCCCCGCUCAAGAUCCUGAUCUUGACGGCCAUCCAGUUCGAAUAAAUAAUUCUGAAAUCAUUCCUAUGACAGAAAAUAUGGAUCAUUUAAGCCCUGAAGAAAUAGCUGAAAUAGCUUAUCGAGUAGAAUUAGCUCGAGAUAAGGAAUGGCGUCGAAGAAUAAUUAUAUUUGCUGGUUUGAUUUGUGUUGCUACAUUUGUCGCUCUUGGUUCAUUAACAUUUUGGCAUGCUGGACUUAUAGCACGAGGAGAAACAAGCAUCGAAGCUAGAAUUAAUAGCACAGAGAUAAUUAGAUAUAAGACAUUAGGGAAAAUAUAUAAGAAUCCUUACGAUUUCGGUACUCGAAAAAACUGGAUUCUUUUCCUCGGCCUCAGAGGAAGAAGUUGGAGACAUAUACUACUUCCUUCAAAUCAUGGACCUUACGGAGAUGGUCAAACAUGGGAAACUAUUCACGAUAAGCUAAUUGUAAAUAAUAAAACAAUUUAAUUAAUGCUUAGUUUUUAACUAAUCGAAGGCACAAAGAUGAAAUCUAUUGGAUCAAAACAAAAUUCCAAAGUUACUUAUUUUAUACUUUGAAUCUUUACUCAUAUUAUCAUUAUUGAAUAAAAA